AUGUUUGAAAAAUUAAUUGAGAAUCUCCUUUAAUCAAUUCUAGGAGAAUACAUUGAAGGUUUUGAUUAAUAAUCAAUUAAAGUUGGAAUUUUAAAUGGGAAAACUAAAAUUGAGAAUCUUAGAUUUAAAUCUGAUACAUUUAUCAAAUUGCAUUUCCCUUUUAUUGUUAAAUUUAGUAAACUAGGAAUACUUAAUUUAAAUAUACCAUGGAAAAAUCUUGCUAGUUCUCCUAUAAUAGCUAAUCUAGAUACAUUAUAUCUCGUUUUAAUACCUUAAUAAAUUAAUGAAUGGUCAUUUCAUUAAAUUACAGCAUUAGAUAAAUUAAUUGAAAUUGAUAAUUUCAAAUAAAAACUAUUAGAUAGAAUUUAUAAUAAAGAAUCAUAAGAUAAUAUGAUACAAAGAUUUAUUAUUAGAAUCAUAGAAAAUCUUUAAAUCUCCAUUUCAAAUAUACAUAUUAGAGUUGAAGAUAUAUAAACUAGCUAUGGAUUUGUUUUACAAAAUUUAACUUUAUUUACUAUCAAUGAAUAAGGAAUCAAAUAAUUUAUUGAUAGAACUUCUAAUAAGGAUUAAUCAUUGAUCAAAAAUCUAUAAAUUAAUAAUUUUGGAUUUUAUUGGCAACACAAAGGAGGAAUCUAAUAUAAUGAAUCUUAAUUUCUAGAAGAAUUACCAAAACACGACUACUUAUUUAAACUCUCCUUAUAAAGUUAGAUUGUACAACCACCUAAACAAAAUUAAAAAAUUGCUAAUUUUAUUAUUAAUAUAGAUUUACAAUCUAUUGAUAUUUAAUUCUCUAAACCAUAAGUCUAAUAAAUUCUUAAUGUUAUAGAUUAUCUUAAUUCUUAUAAUCGUGCUAAAAUUUCAUACUAAAAAUAAUAGUAAAUAAUAUAGCCAUUAAAUGAGUAAGAUCAAAUAAGAAUUAAAUAAUUGUUAUUAUUAGUAUAAUUGCAUAAGAAAUAUUAAGAUUGUUUUAAUAAAGAUCAGAAAUAAUAACUAUUUGCAAUUUUAGAAAAAACACAAGUUGAUUAAAUCAAACCUAUUGUUAUUACAGUUAUUAAAGAAUAACAGUAAGAAAAAAUGAAGCAGAAAGCAUUAAAGAAAUAAGGAUUCUUAUAAAAUUGGUUUGGUAAAAACAAAUAACAAUAAUCAAAUGAGACUACCUUAGAUGAAGAAUAAGAAGAAAUCUAAAAGUUUUUAUAGUUAAAUUUCUCUUAAGAAGAAUAUCAACAAAUUAUUUCAGGAAAAAAUGCAUCAAUUGUAGUUAAUGGUCAAAUGAGAGAAGGUACCAUAAUACUAAGCAAUCCUCGCUAAUAAAAAGUCGAUGAAAUCAAGAUUCUUUUUUAAGAUUUAAAAUGUUAGUUAAAUUUACAUAAAGAUGUAAGAUUGGAUUUUUCUUUAAUAGAUAUGUUAAUAUUAUUUAAUGAUUAAUAAUUUUUAACAAAUACAAGCAAUGAUAAAUAGAAACCCAUAUUUUACUUAAAUUUCAAUGUUAUUGAAUCAACUACUACCUCAAUUUAAUUAGAAACUAGAUCUUCUAAAUUAAGAUAUCAUCCUGAUUUAAUUACAGUUUUAAAUGAUUUUAGAAAUGUUGAAUUAAACUCUAAUUAAAUUAAAAAUAUGGCUGAAGAUACAAUUUAAGAACUUAAAUAAAAUGCCUAAGCAGCUUUAGCAAAUUAAGUGAUUAUUGAAAAGAAUAGAUUGGUCAAUAUAAAAAUGGAUCAGUUUUAUUUUGAAUUACCAUUAAACAAUUCAUAAGAAUGUUGGCGAUUUUCAGGAUUUGUUAAUAUAAACAGUAGUAUUGUCAAUUCUUAAGAAUAAUAUAAAAUCAAAUUUUCAAAUAUUGGAUUGUAACAUUAAUCCCAAAGUUAAUAUAGUGUAAUUGAUAAUUUUACUAUAGAUCUUGAUAUCAUAUUACCUAAUUAAAAAAAUAAAAAUCUCUAUGUGAAUGCAAAUAUUGAAGAUAUUAUUACUAAUUUGAAUCCAUUAAUAUAUUAAAAAUUAACAAAGAUUGGAAAUUGUUUAACUCCCACUAUCAGUGCUGAAGAAUAUAAGAAAUAAAAUAAAUUAGAAGAAUUUGAAAAAAAUUAAUUAAUUUAAAAUGCUAUAAAGAUAGCUCCUCUUUAUAUUAAAGAAGGAUAAUUAAAUUAAUGGGUUAAAUACACUUGUAUGAUAAGCGGAUCUAAUUUGUAUUGCUAUUCUACUCCUAAAUCUAAACAACCUAGUUUCAUUAAAUAUAUAAAAAAUGCUGAUAUCAUUCAAUAAGGUAUUGAUGAAUUUAAUAUGUAUGUUCUCAUCAUCUAAAAUGAAAGUAAUUCUUUUGAAAUUGGUAUUUAAAAUCAAAAUCAAAUAUAAGAUUGGAUUGAGAAAAUCUCAUCACUUAAAAAUCCCGAAGAAGAAUUAUUGAAAUAAUUAGAAUAUAUUAAAGAAAAGUAAAAAACUUAAAUAAUUGAAUUUUAGAAAGUAAUUAAUUUUAAAAUUUCUGUUGUUUAAAUCAACUUAUAGGAUUCAAAUUCUAAACAAUUUCUAGUUUUUAAAACUAAUGAUUUAUCUCUUAAAAUGAAAAUAAACUCAUAAAUCUUACAUCUUUAACUUACUCUUUCAGGAUUAUAGUUAAAAGAUAAUUUAAUUUAUUAUUGCAAUGAACAAUAUUAAAACUUAAUUAUCUCAGAAAAACAAAAUGUAGAACUUAUUUAAAUAGAUUUUCAUUUAAUUAACAGAAAUUCUAAGAAUUAUUAGAAUAUUGAUAAAUAAAUAGAAUUGAAAUUUGGUAAAUUACAUAUUAAUUUCAAAAAUGAAACUUUAGCUUAUAUUAUAUAAUUCAUUAAUAAUAAUAAUAAUCAUAAUCAUAUAGAUAAACCAUAAAAUAAAAUUGAAUAAGAAUUUUUAGAAGCAGAGAAACAAUUUUUAUUAUUAAAAUUGAAUGUUCAAAUUACUCAAAUUAGUUUAUGUAUUAUACAUGAAAUAACAAAAUUACCUUUUGUAGAGAUUCAAUUUAAAAAUUCUACCAUAAAAUUGUUAAAAUAUCAAGAUGAAUUACAAAUUUAAUUUAAUCUAGGUAAUCUAUAAAUAAAUGAUUUAACAAAUCAUCCUUACACCUUAACAUAAGAAGAAGAUUAUCAUUUAAUUAAAUCUAACUAAAUAGUAGGGAUUAAGUAAAUUGGAGAAUCUUUACUUUUUGUAAAUAUGAUUCUAAUUGAACCAUUAUCUAAGAAAGCAAAACUAAAUAGAGAUAUUAUAAAUAUAGAUGCAAAAAUAAGUUAAAUAGUUGCAGAUUAUUAAUAAUAACCUAUUUUAAGAAUUAUUGAUUAUCUUAAUAUUUUACAGAAUCCCUUUAUAAAUCCUAAUUCAUUUAAGGUUUAGGGUUAUGUUAUUAAUAAUAUUGCGAAUGAAAUAAUUCACAAUAAUAGAAAAUUUGUAGAACCUUCAAAAGAUGAACCACUUAAAAUAGUAUCAGAUCCGCCUAGAAUGAGAUUAAAAGUAUAAAUUGAUAAUCCCUAGAUUAUUAUAAAAAACAAAUUUUCAAAUGAAUUCAUUAUAAUCAAUUUAGGAUAAAUAAGUAUUGUAAACUAAAAAGAAUAAAUCAAUUCAAUUUAUAAAGAAAUUUAUACUAUUUAAAUUAAAUAACUAAACAUAAUUGGAGAAUGUGAUAACUAAUAAGUUGUUAUUGCAAGUGAUUUUAAUUUACUUUUGACUAUUCAUCUCCCUGAUCUAAUUUAAUAAUCUAAAUUAUUAAAUAAUUAAGUUGAAGAAACAUUUUAUAUUAAUUGUGAAAUGAGCUAAUUUAUAUUAAAUAUUGAUAUAAAUACUAUGAAAUUGAUCAAUAGAUUAAUAGUCUAUAACUUUAAUCUUAAUGAUUCAUUUAAUUAAUAUGUAUUACUAAAUGCUAGUAAGUUAAAUUAAAUAUAUUAAAAAUAAUAAAAAAUUAUAUUAAAGUAAGAUGUUUAAAAGUAGAUUAAAAGUUAAGAUUAUUUAUUUAAAUUUAAAUUGAAAAUUAUUAACAUUUCAAUAUUUCUGUGUUUAGAUCGACCUUUAAUAAGAUUAUCAAUUGAAGAUAGUAACAUUGAAUAUAAUUUAAAGAGAGAUGAUAAAAUGGAAUUACUUAUUUAAAUAUCAUCUUUUAACUCAUGUAUUUAUGAAUAAGUUGAUAGUUAUUUUGUGAGUAAACCUCUAAUUGGAAUAUAAGAAGAGAAGAAAUAUGAUAAAUUAAAUGAUUUAUCAUAACUAAUAAAUACUAUUUCAAAUUCUAAUAUGGAAUCAGGCAAAAUUGAAAUGUACAGAAAUCCAACUUAAAAUAAGAUUCAUAAUAAAUUGUAUUUAACAUUUUAAUCAUUCUUAUUUACAAUAUAAACUAAGGCAAUCCUUUAGAUUAUGACAAUAUUUGAAAAAGAAUAAUUAACUCCAUUUAUUAAUGAAUAAUUAAAAGAAUAUUAAUUAAAAUAUGAUGAAUAAUUAAAAACUUAAUAAAAGGAAAAGGAAGUUUAACCCACUGAUUCACAAAUAUUUAUUACUUUAGGUGAUGUAAUUAUUGCAAUUCCAUCAAAUAAUGAUUCAAUUUUAACAUUUACUGGUAAAUUUAAUUUUAAUUUAAACACUUAUGAUACAAUGAAUUAUAAUGAAUUACUUAACAUAAUAAAAGAAAAAGGAUUGAGUGAAUAUGAUUUAAUUGGAAUCAAUUUCAAAAUCAAAUCAACCAUAUCGAUUGAAUAGGUCUAAACAUAUUUAGCAUAAAAACAAUAACUUUAUAGUUAAUAAUUUAAUCUAUUUGAUAAUAAGAGAUAAAUUAUUUGGCCAUUUACGAUGUUAUUAAAUCAGAAUUUAUAGUUGGUUUUAUCAGAAAACUUAGAUUCUAUUGUUGAAAAAUAGAACAUUCAUUUGUCAUUAAGUUAAUUUCAAUGUAGAAUUGCAUUUACUGAUAUUUUAUUUAUUCAAAAUCAGAUCCAUUAAUAAUUGUAGGUAAUUAAUGAAUUAAAAAAUAAUGAUAUAAAGAAAUAAUAGUAAAAAGUAAAAAAUGAAAAAUAAUUAAAUAAUUUAUAUAACAUUUAAUUAGUAAUUGAUGGUAUUGAUAUAAGUAUUUUAAAUGACAUUGAAAAUUAUUAUUAAUAUAUUUUGAACUUUAAAUUGUUUUAAACUGAGUCAAAAUUAGAAUAAACAAAUAGGUAUUAAAAAUUCUUAGUUAAUUUAUCAAUUCAAUUAUAAUAUUUUAAUUCUAAAAUAGGUUAUUGGGAACCAAUUAUUGAAAAAUGCAAUAUAUCAAUAGAAUAUUUAAAAAAUUUAAUUGGAUUUGUUUUGGCUAUUGAGAAUUAAUUAGAUUUCCAAAUAAAAGAAGGUAUAAAUAUAAAUGUAUCAACAUAAAUGAUCUAAACAAUUUAUUCAGCAAUCAGCAUCUUAAUUUAAAAAUUAUAAGAAAAAAAUAAAACUCAAAUAAGAUGUUAGAAUAACUCUUAUGCAAAAUAUGCAAUAUAUAAUCAAUUAGGAUCUGAUGUAUUAUGUGAAACUUAGGAUAAUAUAAUUAUUAUUAUUAAACAAAAUGAAUACAAGGAUUUUGAUGUUAAGAAUUUAAAAUCUAAUAAUUCAAUUAUAUUACAGAUUCAAGGUGAUAAAAAUCCAUUUGAAAUAAAAAAUUGGAAUAUUGAUAAACUACAAUAAAAAAUCUAAAAAAUAGAUGGAAAUAGUCCAGUAUUAAUUAAGAAUUUCGUAGAUGAAUUAAAGAAUUAAAAAGUAGUAUAUUUAAGUUCUGAAUUUAUCUUCUAAAAUAAUACUGAAAUUAAUUUAGAAUUAGUAUUAAAGGAUUAAAAGGGAAAUGUUAUAAUUUAGAGAUUGGAACAAUUCUUUUAGAAUAAAAAAGUAAAUAAAUUAAUAUGUUAAUCUAAUUAAUAUGUGAUUCCUUAAGAGUUACUUUAAAGUGAUUUUUAUAUAAGAAAAGUAAAUAAUAAUUACUAGAAAUGUUAAUCUUAUAAUGUGUAAUAUCUAUAUAAAUGUAUUGAAAGUAAAGAAGAUCUGAAAUUAUGGUUGAGUGAGAACUUCAUAAUAACUUUAAAUGUAUGCAAGGAUGCAGAAUUUAAUGGUAGAUAUAUAAUAUAUAUAUAACCAAAUUUCAGAUUGUAAAACCUGAUGCCAUUUCCUGUGAUAAUAAAUACUUUAUAUGAAAAUAAAUAGGGAUAAGUAACAAUAUUACAACCAUUGUAAUAUUUGGAUGAUCAUUAAUUAAAAAGAACAAAAGAAAAUCAUAUUAUCUAGAUUGAGAUUGAUUCAUAUAAAUCCUCUUAGUGUAUUUCACUUUUGAACAGUAGAAAUUUCAAGUCUCAACAAUAUAUUAUAAACUUAGUUGAUGAAAAAUGUGAUGGAAAUAGAGAAUAUAAGAGUGAAGUGGUACUUGAAUAUAAUUAUUCUUUAUUUAGUCAAAGUGGAUUAUGCAGUGCAGUAUUAUUUGUUUAGGAAUAUAUUAGGAAUGAAACACAAUAUGAGUAUGUUGUAUAUUAAGGCAAAAAUGGUUAAUAUAAAUAAAUUGGAUUAUAAACUAAAGGAUCAAAAUCCAGACCAUUGAUAUUGAAUAAUACAAAUUAACAAAAUGAAAUAGUAUUUUCAGACAAAAAUACUCCAGAAUUGUUAUCUCUAUCACCUGCUCUUAUAAAUUCUAUUGGUACUACAAUAAGUGAUAUUAUAUUUAAAAGAGGGAAUAAUUUUUAUAUUGUACCUAUAGCUGUUACAUCAGAGAUCAAAUUAAUCUAAUAAACAUGCCAAAAAGUUAUUACUAUAUAGAAUAGGAUCAUUUUAGUUAAUAAUUCUUAAUACUCAAUUAUGAUUAAGCAAUUCAGAAAUUUUAAUAUUAAACCAAAUCAAAGAAUACCUUUUGAAAUUUAUUUUUCUGAUAAGUUGCCUACAUCUUCUGAAAAUAUUUAUUAAUUUAAAUUUACUUUUAUAGAAGAAUAUGAUUGGAAUUGGAGUAAUUAUAUAGAAUGCAAUUAAAUUGGUGUUUUUUAUUUAUAAUUAAGAAGUCUUAAAAUAUAAAAUGCUAGGAAAUAUGCUUAAAUUGAUAUUAAUGAAAGUAAUGGAGUUUUAUUCGUUAUCAUUAGUGAAACUAAACAUGAUUAAACACCUUAUAGAAUUACUAAUCAAAGUAAAAUGGUUCAAAUAACUGUGUUAAAUUUACCAGUCAUUUUAGAUUAUAAAUAAGAUUGUUAUUUUGCUUGGGAUGAUCCAACUAAAUAAAAUAAAGUUCAUCUUGUUAUUUGUCCUAAAGAUAGUUAAUAUUAAAUUGUAGAACAUCAAUUAGAAAUUGAUAAAAUUUCAGAUUCCAAGUUCUUUGUUAUUGAAUCUCAAAUUUAAAAUGAUUAAAGCAAAAUUAUAAUUAAAUUAAAAAAUAAGAUAAAUGGUUAUACUAGACAUGCUUAAUUUAAAGAUUCAAAUGAAGAAGAAUUAUAAAGAUAUAAAUAGCAUUCUGGGAAAUCAUUUAAAGAGAAUUAAUAAUUUAAAUUUAAUAUUAUGAUUAGUCAUAUAAACUUAAAUUUGAUUGACAAUCAUUAUUUACAAUAUCCUUUAGAAAUUAUUAAUAUUUCAUUUUAUCAUUAUGAAUCUAUCUUAUUAAUGAAUAAAUAAAAGAAAGCAAUCUUUUAAUUUAUAUUAUAAGGAUUUUAAAUAGAUAAUGCUUCUUAAUUACAUCCUCGAUUUCCUGUAUUAUUAACAUUACUACCAAGUAAUAAAGUGAAAUAAUAAUUUCCAAUUUUAAAUGUUUUAGUUCAAAUGAAUUUAUAGGUUAAAUAAUUACCAUAAAUUGAGAAAUUCUCUUUGGAGAUGAAUCGAUUAUCUAUAAAAAUAAAUGAUAAAAUAAUAAAGAAAAUAGUGAACAUAAUCAAUAGAAUUUCAUAAAGGAUUGAAAAUGAAUAAUAAAAAUAAGAAUAGAGAUUGGAUUGGUAGAAAUGCCCUUUACCUUAGAGAUUAGUUCCAACAUAUUUUAGAUAGAUAACAAUAUGGCCUAUAAUAAUAUAAGUGACGAUAGAGUGGGGUAGAAAAGAUAAAGAAUAAGAUAUGGAUAAUCCUUUAUUUAAAAGAUUAUUAUCUAAUAUUGGUUUUUAAUUAGUAUCAGUAGAUGAAGCUGAAAUUGUAUUGAAAGGUAUUUAAUUGAAUGAUGUAUUUGACAGUAUAAAUGGUUUAAGUACAAAAUUAACUUAAAGAUAUCUACAAGAUAUAUACAAAUAAUUACCUUUAAUUUUGGGUAGUUUAGCUGUAAUAGGUAAUCCAACUAAACUAUUGAAAAAUAUUGUAUCUGGGAUGUAAGAUUUAAUAGAAAGACCAAUAGAAGGAUUUACUAAAGGACCAUUAGAAGGUGGUAUGGGUGUAAUUAACGGAGCUACGUCAUUAGUAAGUUAGACUGUUUCUGGAGUAUUUAAUAGUGUUAAAAAUGUAGUAGGUACUAUUUCUAGUGGUUUAUCUAAAGUUACAUUGGAUGAUACUUAUUAAUAAUAAAGAUAAAUUUAGAAUUAAUAAUAAGUUAGAGAUGUUGCAUCUGGUAUAUAAGAAGGUUCUGUUUCUUUAGUUAAGGGUGUAGCUUAUGGUUUGACUGGAUUCUUUAGUAAACCUAUUUAAGGUGUUUAAUAAUCAGGUACAUCUGGUCUAUUUAAAGGAUUAUGGUAAGGUACAUCUGGCUUAAUCAUUAAACCUGUUACAGGAGUAUUAGAUGUCAUUACUAAAACAUCUGAAGGAGUUAAGAAUUAAUUAUCUUAUGAUCAAUAACCUAAUAAUCACAGAAUUAGAUAUUUAAGACCAUUUUAUGAAAGUGAUGGAUAUUAUAAAGAAUAUAAUUGGAUUGAUGCUGAAUGUUAUGAAGUUAUUAAAAACAUUAACAAAGGAAAAUAUUAACAUCAUAGAUUACUUAGAGUUGUCUCUAUCCAAAGAGAUUUAAAAAACUUUGCUCUUAUUUUAACUGACACUAGCAUAAUUCUUUUUGAUUUAGAUCUACAUUUCAAACUUUGGUCCAUUUUGUAUCAAGAUAUUUAAAAUAUUUAUUUUAGUGGAAAUGUUAUAUAAAUUAAAAAUAGAAAAUCUAAAAGAGCUUUCUAUGUAUUUUUAUUCUUUUUUAUUUUAGGGUAAAUCUACUACUUAAUUAAUGAUGUCUUCACAAUAAUAAAGUUAAUUAAUUACAGAAGAAAUUAAAUUUAUGAAAUAAUAAUUGUGA